CACUGUCAAGAGGAAGGGCUAGUGGGAAAUAGACCCAAGACAGAGAUGUUAACUGGGUGGUUCAUUGAUCCUACACUUCACCUUGAUACCUAGAUAGAAGCUGGAUUCAUCUGAAACCAGAGAAGUGAAAUUUGAAGAGACCAGAACCACCUAUGAGUUUUGCCUUACCAAUCUGGACCUCUUCCCUCCUGCAAAGCCUGGAUUUACGAUCGGUGAUGAGUGCACUUUGUUUCCUGGACUCUUCAGAACUUGGAGAAUUCCUAUCCUACUAUGUCUUUGUGUGAAGAUAUGUUGCUGUGUAAUUAUCGCAAGUGUCGCAUUAAACUCUCAGGUUAUGCAUGGGUCACGGCCUGUUCUCACAUCUUCUGUGACCAGCAUGGCAGUGGAGAAUUUAGUCGCUCACCAGCUAUCUGUCCUGCCUGUAACAGUACCCUUUCUGGGAAGCUAGAUAUUGUCCGCACGGAGCUCAGUCCCUCAGAGGAAUACAAGGCUAUGGUGCUGGCAGGACUACGACCAGAGAUUGUGUUGGACAUUAGUUCCCGUGCACUGGCGUUCUGGACAUACCAGGUACAUCAGGAGCGUCUCUAUCAGGAAUACAAUUUCAGCAAGGCUGAGGGCCAUCUGAAACAGAUGGAGAAGAUAUAUACCCAACAAAUACAGAGCAAGGAUGUAGAAUUGACCUCUAUGAAAGGGGAGGUCACCUCCAUGAAGAAAGUGCUGGAAGAAUACAAGAAAAAGUUCAGUGACAUCUCAGAGAAACUGAUGGAACGCAAUCGCCAGUAUCAGAAGCUCCAAGGCCUCUAUGAUAGCCUCAGGUUACGAAAUAUCACUAUUGCUAACCAAGAAAGCACUCUGGAACCAUCCAUGAUUGCACAGCCUGGCAUUUUUGGCUUCCCAUUAGGGAAUAACUCCAAAUUUCCUGUGGAGAAUACGCCAGGUCGAAAUCAGGGUGGUGGGGAUGGAGAUUUUCACUUCCGACCAUUCUUCGUGGGUUCUCCCACAGCACAAGAACCCAGCAACAGCUUUUUUAAUUUCAACUCUCCAAACCAUGAGUUAGAGCAGCAGCAGAUCUCCAGUAGGGCCUUCAAAGUGAAAAGAAUUUAGAUUACUUCAUGGAAUGCCUCCCUGUUCACUUUCAGUGGUAUUGGUCAGUAAAUUGUCCUUAUUCUAGACAGGGAGUCAGCAGUCUUCCUGCGCUAUUAAGUCUUUGAAGUUGUCUUUGCAUUUCCAAUGUGUGAGAAACUACCUGUGGGAAAUGCUUUAGAGUCUGUUUGCUUUAUUUCCUUGUGAACUAUUGUGUUUUUUCACUGUUGAUGACAGGACAUUAUUAUUUUUUUUCACUGUUAACUGAAUUGUGGCUUUAAAUGAAUAUAGGCAUUUGUGUUCUACUUAUCACUUUGGAUCCUAUUCUUUACAGUUGUGAAUGUGUGAUAGUGUUCAUUUAUAUCAAUAUUUUGUGGUAUUUACCAAUAUAUUCAUUUGAAAAUUUUGUUCUCAGAAAAUGGUGGAUUACAUAUUAAUUUAUAUAUAUACAUAUCUGUGCCUUCAGUAAUUGGCACUCAUGUACUCAUGUCAGUGAAUGAGAGUAUAAUUUGAUGCUUUUAUGUUCAGUCCCUAUUUGCAUUUGAAAUAAUUCACAUUGAUAAUGCUAAUUUGUAAGGUUGAUUUUUUUUUUCUUUACAAUUGUUUUUAUUCAUUUAUUUGCAGUUCUUUUUAAA